AUGCCAAGUGGCAAUUUUCUCAAGAACUAUCUUUAUUCUUUGAACGUCAAAGCUGUCUUAAAUCUUAAUGACCGACCUGUGGCAACUUUCCGGCAACUCGUCUGCAGCUUUGUCCAUUGUUCCAAAUCCGGGGGAGAUACUCAAGGAAAUCCCUCAUCAUGGACAACAAAGAAUAUUGUCCUGUCGAGGUCCCAAUUCUACCAAAACUUUCCCUUCAGUAACAACUCCUCAUUCAAAAUGUGCCGCCGAGUCACCGAGCGUUUCUUCCACAACUGUGGGCACGUAGAACGUACAGAAAUCUCAUCUAUCAACCCAGAGUGUUUUGAAGUGACACAUAUUAUACUGUAUGACGACGGCAAGUUCUGCUCUCCUUGCAUUUGGGGCAGAUUUGAGCCCGAGUACAGGUUUUCCACGGCCUUCAGUGAUCCAUGCGACGGUCGUGAAGGACGAGUGCAGACCGUAAUCCUGCAGAAUGCUGAUAAUUGGAAUGCCAUUACGGAAGAUAAUAUCUGGGCCAGACGGAAAGAUCUUAUCAAGCGACUUAAUUCGUGGCAAGGAGAGCGGUUAGGAGAAAAGUUUCAAGAACGGUAUAACGAACUUCGAGAGGACGACAUUUCUCGUGGUGUUCUCAUCCAACAUCAGCUAUACUAUCUCGGACCCGGACCAUUUGACAAGAAUUUCCUCAGAAAACUCCAGCCGCAAGAAGUUCCAGAGGACAAGGAAAACUGUUUUUGUGGGUUCUCAGUGAAGGUUCAUGGGGAAGAAGGUUGUGAGGGAGGAGGACCUUGUCUGCUCCCGUGCGGUCAUAUCUUCGGGUACAACUGCAUCCUUCGAUGGAUGGAAGGCGAGAAGUCCGACAGGUGCCCUCAGUGCUUUUCUCUCCUAAGGAUCUUCAGAGUUGCUGCUCAAGUUGGGUACCCAAAAGGUUUUAUGGAGCAUUUUACCUAUGACCACGAUUCCAAGCUUCUGUUCAUCUCUCCAAUGCCACCUUGGACGAAUCCUAAUAUGAAUCAAUUCUCAUCCAGUUUCAUCGCUCGCUUACGUUUGCACGGUUUACGGGAGUUUUAA